AUGGAAACAGUACAUACCCUGGACACUGUUGAAUAUGGGUUUAUGGGUACAGAAGACUACCAUACUAUAAGCACUGAUCCUGAUUACCUCUACCCAACUGAUCCACCUCUUGAAGUAUCAUCUGUUGAAUCUAUUAUUAUUAUUAAUGUUCUCAUGAACAUCAUCUACAUUUUAGGACUUUCGGGGAAUGGAAAUGUCAUCUGUCUACUUCACUUCCACUGUAAGAGGAACCAUUUCAUGACCUAUAUCCUCAAUUUGACUAAGGCAGACUUUGGGGUCCUUGUGGCCCUAUUCCUGAUUGGCAUAAAUAAUAUGCUUGAGGGUUUUAUUUGGAAAUCAUCCAUAUAUGAGCAUUACCAUAGUACGGUUUGUGAGCAUUUCACCCUUACGUACAACACGGGUCAAUUCCUUUGGACAGUGAUCAGUGUUGACGGGUGUGUGUCUGUCCUCUUCCCCAUUUGGUAUUGGUGCCAUCACCCCACACACCUGUCCACCGCUCUGUGUGCCUUCAUAUGGGUGAUCUCCUUCUUCUCUUUGGAAUCAACAGAACACAUGUACCCGUUUAAUAUAAGUGUACUGUUUUGUCUUCCACUCAUGACUGUCUCCACUCUGAUCCUCUUCUUCAAAGUCUGCUUUAAAUCAAACCAACAGAAGCGGGGGAAAGUCUUAACAGCCAUCUUGCUUGCACUCCUUUUCUACCUGAUCUUGGCUUUCCCAUUCACUUGCAUUUUCUUCAUCAAUGGCUUCUUGGAAACUUCUCAUAUCAAUGGUGCUGAGCUCUCAAAUGUUGUGUUAUCAUGUGCCUCCCUAAGCAGCAGUAUUAACCCACUGAUUUAUUUCCUUGUGGGGAGAAGAAAGAGGGUUCGGUCUAGGGAGAGCAUGAAGAUCAUACUCCAGAGGGUUUUCAAAGAGGAGGAGGAACCUAGAGAGCAACUGUAA